AUGCACCGCGACGUUUCCCGCCGCCUCUUACAUGGAAAAACACCCGACCCUCACACCAAAAAUGUGAAUAGUAUACAAGGAAUAUUACCACCAAAACUAAUGACAAUCCAAUUCCAUAUCCCUUCCCCUUCCGUAGCCCAAUACUCCGUCCCAAAGAAUCAAAAUUUCGCCAUUCUCCCUUUAGUAAAACGAAGCGUAAAAGAGAUUCGACAACACGCCAAGUACACUGACAGCUUCCUCAUGAAGCUUGUGAUUGACUGA